AUGCUCAUCAAAGUCAAGACGCUGACAGGAAAAGAAAUUGAAUUGGAUGUCGAAGCAUCUGAUAAGGUACGUGAGACAGAAUGCCAACCGAAGAUUUUGCGUAUCAAAGAGCGCGUAGAAGAAAAGGAAGGCAUUCCUCCUGCACAGCAACGACUCAUUUUUGGUGGCAAGCAGAUGUACGUGAAGCAGUUAUACACUAAUGGCAGGGCCGAUGACAAGACAGUGAAGGACUUUGGUAUUGAAGGCGGCACGGUUUUGCAUCUUGUGCUGUCCCUUCGUGGCGGUCAAUAG